AUGCUCUGCACAAGGUGCAUUCGCACAGCCGCCGCAAGGCAAAGGCUACCCCUACUACGGCAGUUUUCCGCAUCGGCGCAAUCACGCGCUGCUGAGCCCAAGCUGUCAACACCCGUAACCGACGCAGGUGCCCCCGCGAAGGAAUACUCGAUACCACGAUCAAUUUGCACCGAGGGCACAGUCCUAGCCGGAUUAAACUACAACAAGGGCGGCCAGGACCCCGUCGCCAAGAAAGAUGAGGAAUACCCCGAGUGGCUGUGGUCGUGUCUUGACGUGAUGAAGAAGGGCGCGGACGCAGCUGACGAAAAUGCCGGAGACGAAUUCUCCAAAUCCAAGAAGCAGCGAAAGUUGGCGGCCAAGCGCCAGAAGGCGCUCGAGGCCAAGCUUCUUGCCGAAGGAAACCUCGCUGCUUUGACCCCAAAGAUUCCCAUUCAGCACCAGUCGAUUAAUCUGCCGGGUGAAGAAGGCGGGAGUGUUUCUGAUAAUAUUGCGGCUGCCGAGAAGAGAGAAGAGCUCAGGAGGGCUAUGCGAAAGGAGAGAAAGGCCAAGAUUAAGGAGGCAAACUACUUGAAGUCCAUGUAA